UUCUACGUACUGUGGUAAUGUACCAAUGGUUCUACGUACUGUGGUAAUGUACCAAUGGUUCUACGUACUGUGGUAAUGUACCAAUGAUUCUAUGUACUGUGGUAAUGUACAAAUGAUUCUAUGUACUGUGGUAAUGUACGAGUGGUUCUACGUACUGUGGUAAUGUACCAAUGGUUCUACGUACUGUGGUAAGAUACGAGUGGUUCUACGUACUGUGGUAAUGUACCAAUGGUUCUACGUACCGUGGUAAUGUACGAGUGGUUCUACGUACCGUGGUAAUGUACGAGUGGUUCUACGUACCGUGGUAAUGUACGAGUGGUUCUACGUACCGUGGUAAUGUACGAGUGGUUCUACGUACCGUGGUAAUGUACGAGUGGUUCUACGUACCGUGGUAAUGUACGAGUGGUUCUACGUACCGUGGUAAUGUACGAGUGGUUCUACGUACCGUGGUAAUGUACGAGUGGUUCUACGUACCGUGGUAAUGUACGAGUGGUUUUUCUGUUGUAACAAUGAGCAUCAGUAUUUAAUUACCAAAAUUAGAAGUAGAAGAUCUAAGAUGCGUAUUAAGAUCCCCGUGUCUGGGACUUUACCGACAGUUCACGACCUUUCAGCUCCAGCACUUAAAACUGUGAUGCCACAUUCACCACCAACAGUGUCAUCUCCUUUAAGUCCUGUUGUACCCAAAACAGGGGCAGAUUCUCGAAGACUAGAAUUUCAGAAGAGUAAAACUGGAGGGUCAUCAUACACAAUGGCCAGUUUCAGCACUAGUGGGUCAGUAGAUUACUUCACACCCCCAUCAACACCACAAGCGUCUACUAGUGAAGACACUGGUACUUUUUUUCCACCAGGCAGUGACCUUCAUACUCAGCUACUAGCGGAAAUUACUCAGAAAUCUAAGUUGCGUAAAUCUUUCUCAGAUGAAAGACCUUCUGACGGUUAAAGUAAUAUAAUCUAUUAAAGACAAGAUGAUAGUGCAGAAAGAAAAAGUGAAGAUUUGAAAGUUAAGAAAACAAAUUUUGCCUUGCUUUAUCUCUUUUUAUAAAAAACCUAGUAGAUAUCUAGCACACAAAAUAUAUUAUCGAAGCAGCAAAUAUUACCUUCAGAAAGUAUUAACAAAAUGACUGAAAUAAAAUUAGAAUAAAGCAGUCUGACUUCAGAAAUAUUGUAAGUUAACAAAGUUUGAUCGAUGGUGAAUUAUGACUUAUCUAUUUCAGAAAAUAUUGACAAAAUUAACAAGAAAUUUUUACAGCAAACAAGGUUAAACAUUUCUGUUGAAGGAAGCACCCACUUAUUUAUUGAACAUAUAUUAACUGCUUGAAACAGCAUUUGGUGAAGAUAGUGCAUUCAAUUUGUGAGUACAAUGUAUUAAAGUAUUUGUACUUUAACUACUGUAUGUAAUCAAGUAUUACUUUCGAUAACCAAAUGUUGUACACAAAAAAUAUAUUUAAGAUAUUUGCUGCAAAAGUUGCUUAAAGAACUUUAUAUGUGGUUAAGUUAUUUUACUAAUUUAAAAUACAAAAAAUAUUAACAACUCUUAAUAAACCUACUCAGUUCCUAUUUUAUAUCUGAUAAAAUGGAAGAAAACCUUUUAGAAUUGCACUGUCACUCACAAUAACAUAAUAUCUCGAUGGUGUAAGAUAGAAAAAUCAUACAGUGGUUAGUUUAUAAAUAGUUUUAAAAACAGUACAGCUAAUUUCAAAUUUGUUUUCAAGUUUUAUUAGCAGUAGAAAUAAUUAAAACUAGGAUAAUGUUUAUGUUAUCGAAGUGAGUGUAUUUGAAGUACUUGUAGCUGGAAAACCCACUAGAUGAAAUUUUUUAGCAUCAAAUACAUGUAAAGGAGAUACUAACUAGAAUGAACAUCUGAGAAUAGUUUCCUUAAUAGAUCCAUUCUCUAUACUUAGAAAUUGAAAAUGUGUUACAUAAUUUUGUUCAAUACUAAACUAUUUACCAUUAACCUUUAAUAUAAAAUUAGGAAGCUAAGACUAAUGUUAAUGUAGAGGGUUUAUCAUAAAAAAAAUUAUUUGAAACACCUUUUACUCUUUUGUUGCUUUAUUCUCCAUUAUAAACUUAGUUUAAUAGCUUUAGCAACUUAAAUUGUAGUACUUUACUUAAGUUAAAACUUAGGAAUAAAUGAUCAUUUUAAGUCCAGGUGUAAAAUGUACUACUAUGCACUUUUUACUCUUCCUUUUUUCUCUGAGAUUGUUAUAAGUUUGGGGAACUAUCUUUAUUUCUAAACCAAGUUUAAUUUGAAGGACUAAUACAUAUACAUUCACAUCAUGCCUGUAUUUUAUGUUUUACUAUUAAACUUAAAAGAAAUUGAUGGCAUUUGUGAAAUGCUUAAGAAAUUAUUACUAAAUAAUAUAUUAGGAUUAAGGAGGGAGGUUUUAAAAUCUGGAACUGAACAAGUAUUGUAGGUGAGAACAUUUAUUACUAAAUUAUUUAUCUGAUAUCUGCCAUGUUUGCUCAAAAAGCUACAUUUUUGCUGGCAUUAUCACCACAUGUAUGUAUAAAAUUCUUCAUAAAGUAUUUACCUUGAUUUUGUAAUGUUAGUCUUUUAUAAAAUAAAAACAAAACUCACAAUUUCAAAUUUAUGUAUUCAAUGCAAAGAGGAAUCUUGAAACUUUUAUUAUCUAUUUUGAUAUAUAUGACUUUGGCAAAUGAAUUAUCACUGAACUUAGAAGUACCGAAUGAGUUAUCA